AUAUGGCGUAGGUUUCUACAAAAUGCAGUGGUAGAUAAUUAGUUGUCAAUUCUGAAUUUUAAAUUAAAAGACAUGCACUUAGGAUAAGACUUAAUCCAAUCAAUAAGUGAAUUAAAGAAGUUUAAAUGUGAAAUGUGAAUUUUGCGCAAUGGAACAAGAAUUGACUUACUAAGAGAUAGAACGGCUGUGUAAUUUAUUGAGACUUCUUCAAUCUAAGUGUUAAGAAUAUAAGAAAAAUGGGUAAACAGAACAGCAAACUUAAACCUGAAGUCUUAGAGGACCUGAAACAAAACACUGAAUUUUCAGAUGCUGAGAUACAAGAAUGGUAUAAGGGAUUUUUAAAGGAUUGUCCAAGUGGCCAUUUAUCAGUAGAGGAGUUUAAAAAAAUAUAUGGGAAUUUUUUCCCAUAUGGGGAUGCUAGUAAGUUUGCAGAACACGUGUUUCGGACAUUUGAUGCUAAUGGCGACGGUACCAUAGAUUUUCGGGAGUUCCUUUGCGCUCUCAGCGUCACAUCUCGCGGGAAACUCGAACAGAAAUUGAAAUGGGCUUUCUCGAUGUACGACCUCGAUGGCAACGGAUACAUUUCCCGGCAGGAGAUGCUAGAAAUUGUUACCGCAAUUUACAAGAUGGUCGGCUCUGUCAUGAAAAUGCCCGAAGACGAAUCGACGCCAGAGAAGCGAACGGAUAAAAUAUUCCGGCAGAUGGACCGGAAUAAAGACGGCAAGCUUUCACUGGAGGAGUUCAUCGAGGGUGCUAAGAGCGACCCGUCCAUUGUUCGGCUGUUGCAGUGCGACCCUCAGUCUCAGUGAUACCUCAAAUACUAAUCGGCCACAGCAAGCGUUCAAAUACCACUUAUCUAUAUCCAACUUAGAAACAUAUUUUGUAUAUUAUCACACUUGUAUAAUGCUUAUAAGAGCUAGUGCGCGCUGUAAAGCGCUAUUGCACGAGAAGUCUAUAGAUUGUCCCGUUGCUUAGCUCUUAUUGAAUUCUUCCACUUUCUUUUUAUACGGCCUUCUCUAUCCAUAUCUUAUCUAUAUAAAGUAAUAUCGUGACUUUACACGUUUCGAUGCGGAGUACCGUGAUUUGGACUAACGCAAAAACAGCUCUUCGACAAGGCUUCAUUAGUUUAUAAGCAUACAGUAUUGUAUUCUAUAUUUUUUUUGAAAAUUAUGUUAUGUUCAGUGUCUACAUAGACCUUUUAAUAAUUUAAUGAGCAAAUGUGUUUUAUUCGCUUAUUAGACUUACAAUUGUGUAAGUUCAUUGCAUUGAUGGCUAGUUUCAUAGGAUUUUAUGAAUUUAAGCUAUAGUUAAAAAAGCUUGCUUUUACGUUAUUCCUAAAUCGCGGUAUAUAAAUUAUUAUAUAAGAAUAAAGUUAUUCAUGCAAUAUUCUUUCGAAUAUGAAACUUAAAAGUUGGGACAGGGCUGUGAAGAAAAUUUCGUUGGAAACAUUGCAUCAAUUUUAGAAUUUAGGCAACUUGACAUGCCUAGGAAAAGAUUCGAGUUGUGCCCACUUACCUAAAACAAAUUACACAUCGAAAUUAAUCCUUCAUAAUUUUAUGAUAUAUAUAUGUCUAAUUGUUUCUACAAUUAUUAUUUAAAAAAAAUAUUUCUGGCAACUACUGGAAUGAUUGCUUAUUUUGAUGUUAUUAUUUAUAUAUAUUUCAAGUAAUUUUAAAGAAAAAAAAAGGAAAAAAAAAAGAAAAAAAGAUUAAGCAGCUAUGUUGAUAUUUGAUAUUUAUCUGAAUUAAAUUAUUCUAAAUCAUACAUUAUUUCUUCGAUGUGGCUUGUAAUUAAAUAUUUCUCUUAGAUUAUAUCUACGUACCUAUAAAUAUAUAACAAAGAUCUGAUUUAGCCUUUACUUGGAACGGAUAACCAUAUUAAUAUACAAUAAAUAUGUUAGUGACUUUAAUAAUUAAUUCUAAAAACCGUCAUUUUAUAAUUAAGAUACAUAUAUGUGUAGCUAGGUUUAUUAUGUAGACGCAGGAAUAUUAAUUUAUCAAUAUAUACGAUAUUGUAUAUAACGAGAGCGAACACCUGUAUAGAAAAGAACAAAGAGAACAGUAUGUUCAGAGAUUAUGGAAAUGCGACUGAUAUCGGUAAGCCUGAUGUGCAGGUAACUGCAAUUCCAUUUGGAUUACUCGACAAUGCGUCAUUGAGCUCUUUUUGACCACUAUCCUCAUGACCUACUUACGAUCCUCACGAAUUCAAUAUAGAAUUCGGUGCCUUCCUUCUAAGACUCUUUUAGUCCCGAGUGCCCACUAGUCUUAAAUCAAUAUUGUGUCAUUCUAAUAAUGUGUCUUCCUAAAUCUUGAUGGAAUAGUUUCCAUUUACACAAUUAUUAUAAUAUCGAUGUAGUACCUUUACAACGCCAAGAGAUGGCGCUGUUACCAAAAUUCUUUAUUUUCACAGAUUAAAUAUAUUAUUAAUCUGUUUUGUUUUUUUUGGUUUCGAAUACCGGUGUAUAUUCAGGUUAAGAAAGAUUUUACUUAAAUUUGCUAUUAUAAUUUUAAUUGUUGACAGUUAUCUUAACAGCUUACAUGUACCUGGUAUUUCGUAUUUAGGUAUUAAAAUUGGCAGGUCGGUGAUUUAAUUUGCACAACACCAACACGUUCUACGCAACAAACAUAUAUAUAUUUUUUAAUGAAAUAACAAAUAAAUUUUGACGACAUAGUUAUGAAUUUCCAUAACUGAUAUUGUUAAGGUUUAGUUUUUAACGAGAAUGUUCUAAAUUUAAAUAUAGUCGAGUCAAUCUAAGUAUUAUUCAAUUACUUUAUUUUAUUUAAUACGGUUUGUGGAAAUUAUAUAUAAUAUAUUAUGAUUAGAGUAUAAUUGGUAGUAAUUAGGAGUCGACAAUCGUGCAGCUGGAAAGUUUAGUCGGUACAUAUGGAAACGUUCAUUGGGUCUGCGCAUUCACGCAAGCGGCUGUGGAUUGCAGUAUCAGAUAAUUAUGAAAUGUAAACACAAAGACUAAUGAAUUUGAAAAUUAAUUAUAAGUGAUUAUCUGUAGUAUAUAAAGAAUUGUUAAAUGGUGUAUUGUUAAUAGUCCCAUUAGAAUACAAGUCCAUACUCCAUAAGCCCUUGCCUUAUUAUGCAACAAGUUAGAGGUCGAAAUAUAAUACAAUUUAUGAAACUUUUAUCAUAGAUUAUCGCAACAUUGUAAUGGAUUAGGUUAAAAUUUACGGAAAUUAGUCAAAUAUAAUAAUAAAGUAAAUUAUAUCGCUACAGUAUCGUUUAGUAGUUUUGCCAAGGAAAAUAAAUUCUAAAAACUAGGUGUCCACAUAGAUGUCGUGUUGUUUCUGUAGUUAUUCUCAGGAUACAAUUAGUUUCUACGUGCGUUCUGAUGUACUUUUAGUACAUACUUACAUGAUAAUCAGGUUAAAUAUUCUUGGAAUGGAUAAUAAUAAAAUUAAAAUAAUAUUACAUCGUUCUAAUAGAGUUCGAUUUAUGCUUACGUUGCAACUUGUCGACUCAAACAUUACUCAUUAUUGCAUUCAUUUUUUUUUAUUAUGACGAUUAAGUUUAGUCCUGAUCUUAAUUUUAAUGGGUUAUUUGAGAUUUUAUUUAAUUUUUUUUAAUGUUAUUUUUAGGAACGUAUUUUAAUGAAUACGUAUGAUUUUUUUUUAUUUUUUAUUUUAAUGAAAUAUAUUCCAAUAAUAAAUUUAUA